AUGCAUGGACAUGGAGCCAGUACAUCCGGUAAAAAAUACAAUAACGAGCCGUCGUCUAGCAAAAAGUAUAAGAAAGCCGAUCCGGAUAGCGAAGACGUUUCGGAUGAUCAAACAAUCAAUGCAACGCACAUGAUGAACCAUUUGAAGGACUAUAGCACACAGCGGGGUAUUAAACACUUUUUAACUUAUGCAGAUGAGUUCGCCAUAGGUUAAUUCCGCAAGCAAGGCUUUUCAGAUGAUAUUAAAGUUGUUCGGCCGGUAUAUGCUGGUUACAUCAAAGAAUAUGAAGGUGCCACAUUAAUGCACUAUGAACUACAUCCCAGUCUCGUAUACACACAAUUCAGUUCGGUGAUCCGCAAGCAGAAGGAAAUCGUAAAAGAAUUAAUAUCGCAGCGCCAGCAAGACGUACAAAAGGUUCAUCCGGGCUUAAUCUGCUGCAAAGAGACGGUGCGAAGUAUACCGGUCGAUUCGAUACCCGGUUUACGUGAAAUCGGUUGGAAACCACAAGCUGAUCCGGACAAAUUAAUGAUCACAUUUAACACAAUAUUGGGAACGGUUCGGACACACCCAAAUGCCUGGCCAUUUUUAAAGGCUGUUAGUGCUGUUACCGUUCCGGAUUAUUACGAUCUCAUCAAGUAUUCAAUGGAUUUGAAGACUAUGGGUGACCGACUGAAAAAAGGAUACUACGUAACACGACGUCUGUUCAUGGCUGACAUGGCAAGGAUAUUUUCCAAUUGUCGCUUGUAUAACUCCCCUGAAACUGAAUAUAUUCGAUGUGCCAACAUUCUAGAACGCUAUUUUCAAACCAAAAUGAAGGAGUUUGGCCUGUGGGACAAAUGAUGUUUGGAGAUGGUGUUAGAUGUACGGCAAAGUACAUUGGUGAGCGAUGGACCAAUCGAAACGUUUAUGGAAGAUGAAAGGGAAUAACCUGAUGUUACCAAGCAAGGCUUUUCCGAUGAUAUUAAAGUGGCCCGGCCUGGUUACAUCAAAAAAUACCAUGUAAGUGCUGGGAAAAGACAUACAUUUGCCAAUAUCGGUACUGGAUAAGCUAACUUGCGUAUUCGGCUGACUUUUACAAUUAUUUUGAAUUACCGUAUGAGGAGGCAGUGACGCCCAAAACGAGACGUGUUUACCAAAGCCAUUCAACCAAAGCCGAGCAUCGGCGGUUUUAGUAAAGCAACUGAUAUUGGAACGAGCAGCAUUAAAGCCAGUUACUUCGUUAAACUGAUUGUCUGUCACUUAAAUUGAAU